AUGUCGCUAGUCGAAGAGGUUGUUCCAAUCGAUGUUCCGCUAGAAGUUGUCGAGAAAAAUAUUGAAGGGGUGCGGAAAAGCGUUGCUGAGAGCAAUUUUUUUUUUUUGUUUCUUUUUGUUUAGAACAACGGAAGGAAGGAGAACAGUGAUAAAGUCAAAGAAGGGGUCGAGGAAUGUCAAGAUCAACCGGAAAUGAUGGCUCAGUUGCUACUAGGUAAAAAAAAACGGUGUAAACUCAAAAAAAUUUUUGUUCAAUUUCCAGAAUGGAGUUUUUUUUAAAUUUUUUUGAAUUUAUUCGUUAAAUAGGUAUAAAUCCAUAUAAAGACUAUUUUAAGGGCUGCGGAACCAACCGCUCCUGUUUGAAAACGCUCAAAGUUCGUCAAAUGUCAAACCUGACCUCAACAACAACACAAAAAAAGAAGAGAUUGUGGAGGAAGGACCUGCGAAAAUAAUAUCACCUGCGGCAGAAAAUGAAGAGUUCCAAAAUAGAGUUGAAGAGAAAGGUGAAAACAUUUGAAAAUGAUUAUUUUCAAGUUAUUAUUUUUAGGAGAGGAAAAGAAGGAACAAGACUCGUUGGAAACUUCAAUUGACGAGCAAAAAAUGGAAUCGGUGAGUUGGAAAAUUGGUAUUUUCAUAAAUUUUAGAUAAUGGAAUUUUACGAGUUCCCUCAAUUUCAAACUGACAGUUGAAAAAUAGCUUUUUCAAUGAAAAAAAGCUAAAUUCCAGCCUCCUUCACCUCCUUCACCUUUCUUGCCUCCUUCAAGCGAAGUUUCCGUUCUUGACACUGCUCAGGCUUCGAUCUCAAGGCCAGACCAAGCACCAUCACCACCCCCGAUUUUGGAAUCUCCUUCACCUCAAGCCGCUGUUCCAGCUCCACGUCCCCAGUCUCCUUGUCGAUUCGCUGCUCCAGCUCCCCUUCCUCAACAACCUUGUCAACCGGUUGUUCGGACUCCUUCGGUUCCGAAAAAAGCCGCAGUACCACCGCCACUCGUGUUGAACUCUAGUCAACCCGCAGCAGUUUAUAUCACUUCCUCGACUUCAAGCUCAGACUCGAGUCGCGAUUCGGUUUCGUCACCACUAGGGGUACAUGACUGAAAUAGCUGGAUAUUUGAGCCGUGAGAAAAUAGCCGUGGAAAAUAGCGUAUGUAGGGCGUUUAAAGGGUUUUUUGAGACCAAAAUUUGAUUAUGAACAAUUUUGUGAGUUAUUUUCAGAUUUUAAGUCAAUUAGUGAUCACUUUAUGGACAUAAGUCCUUUUUUUAGUCUUCAUUUGGACUGAAUUCAAUGUAACGUCCUUUAGUGAUCACUUUAGGGGCGUAACUCUAUUUAUUUUCAGAUUUUCAAGUUUUCAGCUUGGUUGAAAGGAUUGAAUUUUUUUUUGUAAAAUUCUUUAGUUUAGUGAUCACUUUAGGAAUGUAAGUCCUUUUUUAGUCUUCAUUUUAAAUACCUGAAUUUUUUUUUUUUUUUAUUUGAUAGGACUGCAUUUUUUUUAAAGCUUUGGUUGGAUAUGACAUUAGUGAUUAUCUGUGAUUUUCGCGGCUAUUUUUUCUCACCAUCCACAGCGGUUUUCUCAUGUACCCAUAACUAGUUCAGCCUCUCUCCCCUCGAACUGCAGCUCAAGCCACAGUUCCACCACCUCGACCGGAACCAACACGCCUUGAGCCGUUCCACAAGCUUGUUGAACCGCCGAAAAGCUGCGCCUUGACUCUGCAAGACCUGGAUGACGAAGUCUUUGAGGAAGACGUUCGGGACUCCCCCGAACCUCCCAAAGAAGCGAACAAAGCCUACUGGCAAUCUUUGGAGGAUGACCUCAGCGGAGACUUUCACAAUCUUCGUUCGUUUUUGAAUUUCAUCGAAGGAAACGCGUCGUUUAUGAUUUCAGCAAGAGACAUCGAUGUGAAAGGGGAUACUAGAAGUCGGGCGGCAAGUAAUUCCAUAAAAGGGGCGGUCAGUCGAGAUUCAUCGCCGUUCAGUGGAGCUCACGUCGAUAUUGACGUCCGCGGAAUCAAGUAUAGGGUGAAUUUCAGUUUUAAUUUCAAAACUUUUUCAGAAUGUAUAGAAUUCGUGUUCAUUUUAGGUCCCUUCCAUGAUUCGGUGCCAUCUUUGUUUGGAUAGCAUGAGAUUGUGCCUGAGACGAACGCGGUAUCGUGGUGAAAGGAGGGAAUAUCCGGCUUAUCGGUGAUUUUUUUCUUAUAAAGAAUAUAUAUAUAUAUAACUGACUCAUAGUGUUGAAGCAUAACGCUUAUAUUAAGCUGAUUCUAGAAUGUUCUAUAGUAUUCCAUACAUUUCUAAUCUCAUUACGUCAUAGGAAAUUUUGAAACAUCAAUUAUCAAAUAAGCUUCAAAGUCUAGGCGCUGCCAAAUUUGAAGAAAACCUAGGCGCUGCCAAAUUUGAAGAAAACCUAGGCGCUGCCAAUUUUGACGAAGGUUUAGGCGCUGCCAAUUUUGAAGAAAGUUUAGGCGCUGCCAGUUUUGAAGAAAGUUUAGGCGCUGCCAAAUUUGAAGAAAGUUUAGGCGCUGCCAAUUUUGAAGAAAGUUUAGGCGCUGCCAAAUUUGAAGAAAGUUUAGGCGCUGCCAAAUUUGACGAAAGUUUAGGCGCUGCCAAAUUUGAAGAAAGUUUAGGCGCUGCCAAUUUUGAAGGAACCUUUAGGCGCUGGAACUUCUAAGCCUAUGAAACUUUCUUUUUUUUUCCAGUUGCAAUCGGAAAGGCUGUCAGACUUUCCGAUCGAUCCGCAAAGUAUUCGAUAAUCCUGAUGGAAUGCGCAUUCAGGGUACUUUCAUAUCCUGAAAUCAUCGAUUGACCAUGAAAAUUUUAGAAAUCUUUAUGUACGAUAAUAAAGAAGCUGCCGGUGUCAUCCCGAUCCCUAUGCCAGCUCCUUAUCGCAACAGCGUCAGCCUACCCGGCCGUUUUCGCGUCAGUCAACGUAAAAGAGCUGAGAAUUUUAAUGUGCGUCUGUCUUGUAGGAUUUUAAUUAGUACUUGAAGCCAAAAAAUAUAUUCAAAAAAGUGUUUAUUAUCUAGGAAUUCCAAGAGCAACUUAAACAAGACAUUAUCGCGAAUAAGAAAUCGUUGGAAGAAUCUCGACGGGCCAACAAUGUCACGGCGGCUCUUCCGAUGUCCAAUGAGCAAGGGUAUAUUUUUUUAUUUCUCAUAAUGAAACUUAUUUUUCACAAAAAGUAUAUUUUUAGAACGCUUCUUUACAUUCCGAAAGUACUGACUCCUCGGCAAAUUGUCGAUAUUCAAGAGGCCGUUGUCCAGCUGUUGAUUCAGAGAAGUCCGAUGAAACAAGUGUGAGUUUUAUUCAAUUUUUUUGUGAAAUUUUGAAAAAGAAAAUUAAUUCACCGUUUCCAGAUCAUUAAAUGAACUGCCCGUGUUUUCCAACUGUCCGCUGCCGGUCAAUAAGCUCCAGGGCAUGUUGAGAAACCCGCAGGCAUUGGAUGUGCUUCAAAUGUAUUAUUUCUAUGACAAGGAACAUUUUUUUAGUGUUUCGGCAAGGCCAUGCUUGAUUCGCCGCAGCCGCCGCUACCUAUUGGUUAUGAGAUUGACCAGAAUGGAAAGUUGCUGCGUCUAAACCGACCUGCACCCAAACCAUCUUCAAAUUCGAAGACUUCUGGCUUUUUCUGAGUUAGUUUUUUUAAAUUUUCAAUCUGAUUUUUUUAAGUCGACUUGCUAGAGAUUUUAAAAGCUGAAAUUUUGAGAAAAAGUUGCUGAAAAAAACUAAAGUUCAUAUGGUUCAUAAAAAAAGUCGAUUAUAUGAAAAGAUUGCUUGAAAGAAGAUUUUAGUUUUAGUUACUGAAAAAAGAAUUCAAAAUUAAAAUUUUUUGUUGGGAAAUCGAACAAUUGAAUUCUUAUCGUACAGAUAUUUCAGGAAAAAAAAUUAUUUUCUAAAAGAAAAUUCAGCGUCCCCGAACUCCUUCGUUCGUACUCGCCGACAUCUCCUACUACGUCACAAUUCGAUGAGAAACUUCCCAGAAAGCGGUCGUUUGAAGAAAUGAGCAAGUUGGACGUGAAUACGUCGACGUCCAGCGUCCUCCGCGACAUCCUCAGCCGACCGAGCAAGGUGCAGAAGAUGGCAACGAGGACGAUUUCGCUCGGCGGAUAUCCCCGACGUCCCAACUCUCAGCUGGCGGACGCCUACAUGCGCAAGAAGCAGCGGGACAAGGAACGCGAAAUGGCUGCGGCCCAACGAAAUUUCGUGCCCCCGCCGUCGAAAAUCGUUGCAGCUAUGGACGCACGGCAGCGAACUGUUCAGAACACCUAUUCGCAGGUAUUGAUUGAAGUUUUUAUUCAAAAUUGGCGCUGCCCAGGAAAUUCAAGAGGCGCUCCUAAGUUCUCAAGAAGAACCUUUGAAGGAUGCAGUUUUCUCUAAAUUUGGCAGCGCCUUGAUUUUUUUUUUUAAGUAAUUCUAAAAGCUUCCAUUGGGAAGUUCAAUCGUGUUUGGUAAUUUCUGAAACUUGGUCAAAUUAUAGACUGUUUAGUUUCUGCAAAGUCAUCAAACUCCGCCCCUUAUGCCUAGGUCAAACCAAUCAAAGAGCGAGCCAUCCAGAGCGUUGUUGUGGGCGGAGUUUGCGGCUUGAAAUUUAAAAUCUGACUAGUGAGCAUACUAUACUCAUUAUUGGGCCAGGGGAAGUUCUAAACAGUAUAAAUCUGCGUAAUCCCCUAGUUUUCGAGAAACGAGGGAUUAAAAUCUCAUAAUGAUCUAUGAAAUAGAAAAUUGUGAAGGUUGAGACUUUCAGAAUCCUAUUCUGGUACAGCAAGCAGUUAUCUAACCAGUUUUCAGAAAAUUGUUAACCAAGAAGUUGAAUUACAGUCUGUUCAGAUUUUAAAUGUCAAGUGCAAUGACGUCAUUCAAAAACACUCUGUGGAUGGCUCGCUCUCUGAUUGGUUUAUCGCACCAUUCAGGGCGGAGCUUGAGCGACGACUUGAAAUUCAAAAUCUGAACAGACUAUAUGUUCUCUGUGAGCUGCUUUUCAAUAUGAGUUUUCGAAAAAGGUUCAAACUAGUAGCUUUUUUCGACAAAAAAAUCUCGUUUUCAAGGCAGAAUUUUCCCAGUUGCUUUCGCCACCGCCAUGCGGACCACCUACGCAGCAGUUCUUCCACACACAGCCACACCUGCAAGGAAUUCCGUCGCCUACUCUGAUGAGCUCCUUCGCGUUCCCCUGCAAUCCGGCCUCGUUCAACUUUUUCGCCGCCGCUGCACCACCUCCGAUGCACUUCAAGUCAACGGCGGCCCCGGCUCCGCCACAACAACAGCAGCAGAGGUGCCAGUCGACGGCCCCGAACACCAUCACGUUGCAGCAGGCGUUGAACUCGCAAUACGUCACGGAACGACAGAGAUCAAGUUUGAGCUUGUACAGCUGAUUCACGGCUAGCUUGGGCGUGAACUGUCUGCGCUCUCCACCAGCCAGGCACUAUAGUCUGUUCAGAUUUUGAAUGUCAAGUCGCUUCUAAAGCUCCGCCCCUAAUGGCCCGAUAAGCCAAUAAGAGAGCGAGCCAUCUACAGAGCGUUUUCGAAUGACGUCAUUGUACUUGACAUUCAAAAUAUGAACAAACUAUAUCUCUUUCACUAUCGUGUCAGGACCCUUUUUUCGAUGGCUCAAGCCAGCCGUGAACCAGCUAUAGUUUUUCAAGGAAAUUUGGAGUCUGUAUAGACUUUCAGCGGUUCCACAUUGCGAUGAAAAUCAAGUUUUUUUUUUCAUUCCAGCCGAUUUCGCGUUCAUCCCGACCUUCUACCAGCAACCGAUGCUAAGCGAUCAGCUCUUCAUGCAGCCCUUCAUGCCGACGAACAUCCGAAACGCGCAGUUCAUGGAUCAGAGCGACAUCACCUGCUCGACGACGAUAUCUGAUUCUUCCUGUACUAUCGUCCAGGAAGAUGAACCCGUAGGCGUCUUGAGAAUGGCAAUGUCAGUUUUCUAAAAUUUUCAGAUUGUCGACCAGGGGCUCAAGUUUGAUCCGCCAGUGCUAGAUGUCGAUGAUGAAAAGGCCGAAAAAACCGAUAUUUAA